CUGUUGAUGUGCAACAGUUGAUUGAUACACUAGAAGUUUUGACGAGGAUGGGGGAUAGAAGAUUUAAUGUAAUUGACGCUGAUUUUGUGAAAAAAUUGGAAGCAGCGAUCGAAGUAGUUUAUUCGGAUACUGGGGUGAGUGCUUUUUAACAUGUAUCAAGUUAGGUUUUAAUUAAUUACUGUGGAAAGAUGCAUGUGCAGCAUAUAUGCGUUUGAGAAUUGAAAUAAAGUGUUUUUAGAAUUAGCAAGAAUGCCUAAAUGGAAUCGAGACUUUUAGGAAGUCGAUAUCAUGUGACAAAAUUGUUUCCACUACUAUGCUCACUGUCGGUCCAAAGUUACGUCUAAAUAGAAGCUUUUGGAGUUUUGAAGCGUUCGUGUCUGUAAACUUUCCUUUUUGGAAAAGGAAACUGGAAAAUUUAUCCUGAAUAAAUUUUAUUGCAUUCUAGAUGAGACUGAGUGUAUGAAAUGAUUAACUGUGUUUGACUAUGUUAAGGUUUUUUGAAGUACGCAUGAAAUCAGCCGAAAACGCAUUUUAUUUCAGGUUUUUUAUGAAGUUUUUCAACUUCAUGGAGGUUUUUAUUUGGGUUUGAGCUGUUUUAGUAGGACGAAACACUGCCACGAGUCGAAGCGAAGUGGAUAACCUAUGUUCAAGCUAUACAAAGUUUUGACGAUUAUAGUUGCUAGUAGUCCCUAAACCCCAAGUUGAGGAUGGUUAGGAAAAAGCUAUUUUAAGUAUUAUGGAGUUUCUCAGUUGCUCGUGGAUUCUCUUUCAUAUUGAGUUUAAAUGUUAUGUUUUGUUCAAAUUUCUUUGUAGCGUAAAGAUUCAGAUACUGUCUGUCUACCUGUGACGGUCACCGCUGUGGAUAUUGCGAUUAAAUUAUUUGUGGAAAUUAUCUUUCCGCAGAUGAUUGUAAUGUACGAUCAUUCAGCGGAUAUUGGUGGGGAAGUUAAUGACACGAGGUUGAUGAACGGGGUAAAAAGGAUUUUAUUCUCAAAUUAUCGGUUCUUCACACAAUCGAUGUUGACGCGUAAUGAUAGUGUUUUGCAUGGCUGGAAACUAGACUUCGUGAAAUAUAUUUUGGGAUUACUAGUCGGGGAAAAAUUGCUUGAAAUGACCGAUAAGGAUAAAAAGUUUUUCAAAAAUCCAAAACAAAAUAAGCUAGUGUCAACUUAUUUCAAAAAUUAUCCCUGUGAAAAUGGUAUCGACGAUUUUCGGCGGAAGUUGAGUAAAUAUGGCAUUGAUUUUGAGGCAUAUAAGAACGCUUAUCGUGGGAUGAAAUAUUUGGAAGAUUGUUACCAACCUUCAACCGCUGGAAUCGAAGUGAUUGAUCACGUUCAAUACGCAGAUGUUUGUGUUGAUUUAGCCGAUUUUAUUUAUCAAUCUAAAGAAAUUGUGAAACAAGGGGAGAAGUCGACAAGUAAGGAUGAGAAAAGAGCUAUUGGCAUCGAGAAGUUAUCGGAGGUGGAAAUGGAUGAAGAAAAUGGAACGAGUAGUGUGGCCGCGGUUGCAAUGGAUGGGGAUGGUUGUGCAGUAGUGGUAACUGGUACUGCAGAGACAGAAAUAACGACGGUGGUAAUACAAGAUUCAAUGUCAAAGUCUUUGGUUUGUAUGGGUGCGAAUGUUGAAGAAAAGGAUGCGGAGCAGGGGUAUAAGCUGAAAAUUUUGUGUGAUGUAGGUAUCAAUACUGAAUGUAAUGAAACAAAUAUUACUUUUAUUGAAGGUAAAGAUGAUAUUGGUGGCAUUCGUUCAAUGAAUAUGGGGAAUGACGAAGGUAACGGAUUAGCUGUUAUUGCAUGGUAUUGUAUGAAAGUUUUAUUGAUAGAUACGAGUCCAGAGAGCGAUAUUACUAGUGAUUUCCGUGCGAGGAGUCGUGAAAUUAAUGCCGAGAUGGAUGGUUGGUUAUCUAGUUGUGAUACUGACGUUGACAUUAUCCGAAUAUGCAAGCACGUUAUUUUAUUGGAUUCAAUAGUUUUAACAAAAAGAUUCAUUACCAGUCAGUUGGGCAUCUCCACAAAAAAGAUGAAUGAAGCGGUGAAAAUUUUAGUGGGCGCCAAAAUUUUACUAUUUGGGAAGUUCUUAUCAUCCCGUUCAAAAUAUUUCGAUGCUUAUGUUAAAUGUCUCCCGGUGGAUUUGUAUGAUCGUAUCGAGCAACAUAUGUUUGGUGAAAGAAUCAAGCGUUUUGAAGUUACUGUUGAUGAGUAUUUAGGAUCGGUUCGGAAGAUAGACCUGAGUUCAAGUUUAUCGUUUAUAUCGGACAUCUGUAUUACAUUGCUUAAUACGAAACCGUAUUUAGAUUUGGGUUUAACGCUUAUUCGGUGUGCAGGUGAUGGAGUAAAGAAAUACUCAAGAAGUAGGCAUAUAUUGUAUAAUUUAGAGUUUUCGUGUGGUUGCGCGGUGUGGGCUUAG